CCGUACUGCUGCGUGACGUCACUCCUGGCGUAGCCUGCCAGGAGUUCCAAUGGCUGCCAUCAGACUUGUGACAUGAAUAGGAGGAAAGUGAGGGCAGGAGAAACCAAUGGAGGAGCAGCCCCCUGUGUGGUGACCGGUCAGAGCGCCCCCUGGGGUCUUUUCUUCGCUCUGGUGGAGGUGAACAUGUUGGGGGUUCCUGGCAGCGGCUGAUCACAGCACCCUCAGUCUACACUGGAAGCAAUAACGCCACCAUGGGCAACGUCUUCGCUCUGCCGCCCCCCAGAGGCUCCUGGUGGAGCAGGCGGAAGCGGGCGCCGCUACCCAACCCGGGGAGCUUCGAUGAGCUGCACAAGAACUGCAAAGACGUCUUCCCGCAGCAGAUGGAGGGGAUGAAGCUGAUCAUCAAUAAGAACCUCAGCAGUCACUUCCAGGUCAGCCACCAGAUUCACAUGAGCUCCCUGGGCCUCUCCGGUUAUCACUUUAAUGCCAAGUACAUUGGAGACGUGCUGCCUGGUGCCAACGAGACAUUCCCUCUGCUGACUGGAGACCUGGACAGCGCAGGAAGCCUGAACGCCCAGGCCACCUGUCUCCUGGCGGAGCGCAUCCGAUCCAAAGCCGUGUUCCAGACUCAUCACUCCAAAUUCCUUACCUGGCAGGUGGAUGCGGAGUACAGGGGGGAUGACUGUACGGGGACCCUGACCCUGGGGAACCCCGACAUAAUCAAUGAGUCAGUGAUCCUGGUGACACAUUUUCUGCAGAGUAUCACUCCCCGGCUGGUCCUGGGCGGAGAGCUUGUCUAUCACCAGCGGUUGGGAGAAGAAGGAGCCAUAUUGACCUUGGCAGGAAAAUACUCUGCCCAGAACUGGGUGGCCACGCUUAAUAUUGGAUACGGAGGAGCGCACGCCAGCUACUACCACCGAGCAAACGACCAGAUCCAGGUCGGGGUAGAGUUUGAAGCCAACACCCGCCUGCAGGAGACGUCCUUUGCUUUCGGCUACCACCUGAACAUCCCCAAGGCCAAUGUGGUAUUUAAAGGGUCGGUGGACAGCUCGUGGUGCGUGGGGGGCGUCCUGGAGAAGAAGCUGCCCCCCAUGCCGGUCACCUUGGCCCUUGGGGCUUUUAUGAACCACUGGAAGAAUAAAUUUCACUGCGGGUUUAGCAUCCUGGUGGGAUGAUGAUGAUGAUGAUGAUGGACUGACGCCUCGCCCCACUACAGAUCGCCCACACGGGUCACCGCCCCAUAUACUGUCAAUAUAAAUUAUUAUUGGUCUAAAGUGCGGACUGACUUUCUGGGACACAGGACGAUGCUGCCCCCAAGUGGUGAGACCAGGCACUGCAUGUCAAGCACGCGGUUAUCUGUACACUCAGGCCUCAAUGUCUCAGGGCCUCAUCCCACCCCCCCCCCCCCCCAACCCAACGGCCUCGAUAACAGGGUCCAUACGGCUGGAGGGCAAAGACUCAUAGCAGGGACACCUUUCCUUCUACAUUCCAGCUACAUGGUGUGUUCUCUGUUGUGUUACGAUUGCAGGAGCUCUGUUUGGCCUGUUGGAGGCGCUGUUGAUGUUUAUAAAGCCGUUCUUU